AUGUCGACCGUGAGCAGGGCGCUCGUGGCAAGGCCGGCUCGAGCCUGGCUUGCCCCUCUGGUCCGACAUGGCUCGACGGCCGGCUACUUGGCACACGCUGCGGCCACCUACUCGAUCGCCUAUCCAUCUUCGAGGUCAGUGCACACCACAGGGGCGAGGCGAGACCAUGCCGGCAGCAAACACACCUCAAAGCGCCCCACCCGCGUCAAAGACACCAAGCACAAGCACAAGCACAAGCCUAAGCACUCGGACCGCACGCAUCGCACCACGUCCCAGAGCCGUCGAGACCGGACCACCGCCAAGCGCGUCCUUCUUAGCGAGCGCAUGCAGAAAGAAGCACGCACCGUCCUAAGGCGGAUCGAUCGCGAUGCCGACCGAGCAGCAGAGUUGCAACAGAUACCCACAGAAUCCGUCUUCAAGAGAUCCUCCGCCACCAGAGUCAAGGAUUUUCUCGCCGCCCGAAGCCAGCGUAAGCGCGGGUCGGGGUUCGGCAACUCAGCACAGAAGACGACAAACGAUGAGGGCAAAGCUCAGUCUUCAACGUCAGCGCCCUCAGCAUCACUGGCGCCAGACUCGCAGCAGACGGCAGCAGCGGCUUCGACGCGCUCCCCCCCGACAGCGACACAGGCGCAACCACAAGUGACCGACAACCCGGCGUCUCAGAUGGGAGCCACACAGCCCAACACGAGUAUCAGCGGCGCCUUGGGGCGGAUCUUUGCUGCUGCAAAGGAGAGGCUGGCGGGAGCACUGCUGGGUGGACAGAUGCCAACGCCGCUGACGCCCCCACCGGAGGCGGAAUCUACGCCGGCACAGAUCGAAAAGGCGCGGCAAGAAGCCGAAGCGGCCGCGUUUGCUGCUUUGUCCAAGACCGAGCGCCUCGAGUCGCAGGCGCGCAUCAUCACGCAGGCCAUUCGACGAGCGCGCGAGAGGGGCAGCGCCGAGGACGAAGAGACCUUCUUCCACCCUUUCCCAGACGCCAGCGCGCCCGCCGACUUCGAGGGCCAGGACUACAUCUGGCUCUCACUCGGUCCCGACCCAGAAAACUGGGCGCGCAACGUGCCACCUGUUAAGGAUCGCUGGCUCGAGACGCUCAGCCUCGGCCUGACCAAGAGCAUCGUGGUGGACAAGGAGGGCGAAGAGGCGUACGAGGACGACUUCCUCGACAGCCUGGUCGACGACUACGACCUCGAGGACCACGAGCGCCUCGAGCAGCUCGGAGACUCGAUCGUCAACAUGAGCGCCCGCCUGCUCGCCUACCAAAACUACCCAGACGUCAACGAGGGGACGCUGACGAGGCUGAGCAACUACCCAACGCAGAACAACAUCCUCGGCAUCCUCUUCCGCGAGUCGGGGCUUGCUCAGAGGCGCCAUGCGUUGAAAAACGAGCUCAAACAGCUGACGCAGGGAACAGCCGCGGCCACGACAGACGCCGACUCCUCUGUCGAUGACGGACCUCGCCGGCCCGUCGCAGAGGACCCUCACCGCGUCACCAUCCAGAAGCUCGACGACACGGUCGAUAACAGCAUCACGCGCGGCCUGGUCAAGAAGGACGCCGAUGUCUUUGAGGCCUACGUGGCGGCCAUCUUUCUCUCGCAUGAUUGCGACUUCAAGCUGGUUCACGACUGGCUCUCGGAGCUGUUCCGCCCGUUCCAGGAGCAGGCCUUCCGCUUCAUGGUGCAGCGCAGCGAGAGCAUCGCCCGCCUCAACCAGGCCAUCGCAGACCGGGCCGCCGCAUCACCGGGCCUCGAGGUCGCCGAUACCGGCGGACAGGAGCAGGAGCAGCAUCUGCCACCGUCGCGCAACGGCCGCUUCGGCCUAAAGGGCAUCUACGCCGCCUCGAUGGACCCGACCAUGACUUUUGGCACAGUCAAGGCGAGCUACAACGUACCCACGUUCAAGCCCGUUGCGGGCCUCGGCAGCACGGGUCGCAGCGGUUCGGCGCAGGACAGCGGGAGCGGCUUCAUCACCGACGAGUUCCUCACGGUGGCGGCGCGGGCCCGUCGGCUGAGAGAAGAGCGUCUGACCGAGGAGGCGCGGCUGCGCGACGAGGAAGAGCUGAUGAAGCAGGGCUGGUUUAAGCGGGGAUUCCUCAACCUGCGGCAGGGCUUCAACAAGCUCGUGCUGGGUCAGGAAGAGGAGAGGCGGAGCAAGGAAGAGGUCCUCGCGCAGGCCAGGACCAUCUACGGCAGGGGUUCGACGGGACGCGAGGCGCUGCGGAUCGCGGCUACCGAGCAGGAGAAGAAGGCCGCGGCCAAGAAGAAGAAGGCGGCCGCCAGGGUGCAGCGGUAG